UAUCCUGGAUGCUAACUCAGCAAUAACGGGGGCUCUCACUAAGCUGCCAGCCGUUACUCAGUGUUUCAGAAACUCCAUUGUUGUGGGUCUGGUAUAGGGAGAAACUAAGGCGUAAAUUUUCCUUAAUGGAAUCCAGGAAACAGGUUACCUUUCUCGAACGAGAUUCUGAUUGCCAGGGUCUGCAGCAAUCAUGCAUGAAAAGGACAUUAGGACAUAAUUUUCCAAAAACUCAUUCAAAUGCACUGAUGUUUCCACUAACAAAAAAAGUAGCUGAAACGAAGGAAUGGAAAGGCAGAGAGUAUCAAGUCAUGCUGCAACAACCAUCACUCAGUCCACAGGUGAAAACUAUACACAUCCCCAAAUCAGUGGAGAAUGCACCAUUUCUGCAGCAUCCAGAUUUGAAAACAGGCCAGAAGCGCUAUCUAUAUAGUAUUGCUAACAUCUACAGCACAGAUCACAUGCACAGGCUGAUGCAGAAACAAUACUUAAGCAUGUUGCAACAUCGUAUCCAGCUUGGGUAUAUAACCCCACGUGAAUGUCAGAAGUACACUGAUUAUCUCACAAAACAGUCCCACAAAGAAACCUGGAAGCAAAGCAGCAGCAGGUCAUCAACAGCUCACAGCUUUUCUAAGCAGUCACCAACUUUACAAGCUGGAAGACCACAUUUCCUCCCCAUCAUAGGGGACAGCAUCUGGAGGUUGCGUUCUAGAGCCCCAAACAAAGUAAACCUUAAGGCUAAAAGAGCCCAUGUUCAAGUCAAUCGAAGUGAACAAAUCCAAAAGAUCAAAUCAGAACAAGCCAAGCAAGAAUCAAGGAAAGAAACAAAGAAAUGAAAAUUGAAUACCCGAGUUCCCAAAAUAUUACUUCAGAACUCUGCAGUCCUAUUUUAUUCAUUAUGGCUGUUGUCUUAAGUUCCAAUAUUAAUUUGUAACAUAAUUAGUUUGGAGUACUUUCAUAAGAAACGAAGACCAUAUAAUUUUCAUGGAUGAUAGGAGUAAAAUAUUGAUUUUUCCUCAAAGUAUGCAAAUUAAAUGUAUCAAGAAAAAAAUUGCUGUCCAUAACUCAAGCUACUGAAGUACAAUAUUAAAAAUAU